GGUCAAUUAUUGCUCGUCUUCGUGUUGUUCUUUUGAUUCCAGAUUCUGUUCUUAUCUUCGAUGGAGUCGUUGACUUUGAAGAAUGGGAAACCAGGAACUCCGGUGAAGGAUCGGAGCAAGUUUCAGUCCAAGGUUCAAGAGAAUUCCAGGUCGUUGGAGAAUUCAAACCCUAACAUUUCACACGCGAGUCCGGCUAAAUCUCCGCUCACGAAAUCUGUGAAGAAAUCGGCACAGAAGAAUCAGAGUCCGAACCCUAAAAACCCUAUCCAGGCGGUUUUCUCUCCCCGGAAUCGGAUCAGAGAGAGGAAGUUUGUUGUGGUGGCGAAGAAGAAUUCGAGGAAAGGGAAGAAGGAUCCAGCGGUUACAGAAUCAAAGGUUGCUGAGAUAGAUUGCAAAUGCGGGGAGAGAAAGAAGGGGAACAUGAAGUGUGUUUGUGUUGCAUAUGAAACUCUGCGUGCUUCACAAGAGGAGUUCUUCAAAAAUCGAAUUGAAUCGGAGGAGGAAAAGGGAGAUUUGGAGGAAUAUUGUAAUCUCGGAGAAAAUGUUGGAGAUGGAGGAGGAUCCGAGGAACCGGAGAAAAUUGGCGCUUCUACAAUGAAGAGGUCAAGGGCUAAGGUGGUGGAAGAAGCACGGCAAAGUGUUGCUGUAUCUGCUAAGAAUCUGGGGUUAGACCCCAAUGCUUCCAUUUCUUCGUCAUGGGACAGCACCCGCGGCAGUGUUUUGAGUGGAAGUUCAAAUGCUGGCAGGAGAAGCAGAAGAAAUAGCUUGGACUCAUCGACUACAAUGGGAAGUAGAAGAUCAAAGAAGAAGCAGGUUAAGGUCACUUCACUGAAGCCGUUUAAGCUUAGAACUGAGCAAAGAGGUAAAAUGAAAGAGGAAGAGUUUGCAAAAAAGAUUCAUGAAAUAACGUUGGAGGAAGAAAAGAUGAGAAUCCCCAUUGCUCAAGGUCUUCCAUGGACAACUGAUGAACCUGAGUGUCUAGUUAAGCCUCAUUGGAAAGAUAUAACAAGACCAGUCGACUUGACGCUUCACUCAGAUGUCCGGGCAGUUGAACGCGCAGAAUUUGAUUACCAGGUUGCGGAGAAGAUGAACUUCAUUGAGCAAUACAAAAUGGAAAGAGAAAGACAACAGAAGUUGGCAGAGGAAGAAGAGAUAAGAAGGCUGAGGAAAGAAUUGGUCCCAAAAGCACAACCAAUGCCAUACUUUGAUCGACCAUUCAUUCCAAGAAGGUCGAGCAAACAUCCAACUGCACCACGAGAUCCCAAGUUCCACAUACCGCAGCACAAGAAGAUCAGAUGCUGCAGUUCAUCUUCUUGGAGUGAAACUGGCUCCUGCAUGAGCGAUUUCCAAUAUCAGUUUCUCUAAAAAGCUUCUUUUGGGUUUACAACUAUAUCAUCCCUGUCCAUAUUCUCAUUUUGAAAACUACAUUACCUUCUGUAAGCGAUUCAAUGAAGCAACCAAUUAGUUGCAGUUUCAUAGAUUUGACAAUCAUUCGUGUUCCACCUUUGUAAUAAUCUGGUCUACACCUAAAAAUGAGAAAGUUUCCACAUUUGUUUGCAAAAUCUGUUUUGUUCUGGUUCAGAAAGAUAUAUAAUACAUAUCCUCCUGUUUG